AUGGGACUCCUCGUCAUCUUCGUAGUACUGGCCUUCGUCGCCGCCCUCUGCAUCGCAACCUACAUCGGAGUCCCGCGCGUCUUCCCCCGGGAAACACAACUAGUCUGGCGGUCGUCUCUCAUCCUCGCCAUAGUGAGCUGCUACUUAAUGUGGGCCAUCACCUACCUCGCUCAACUGCACCCCCUCGUCGCACCCCGGAGAUCCGACCUUCGGGCGGAAGAAUGA